AAUUCUAGAGUUAAAUUAACUUGCUUUGGUACAUAUAAUGAUAUAAUAUACAGUUACCUGUUUCAAAGGUAUUGCUGAAAAUAUCUUAUCCAAAUAAUCUUUUUUUUUCUUGAUUAGCAAGAAAAGUUCACACAGAGUUAGACUUAAAGUUGAGAGAAAAAAAUCCACAGCUUAUAGAGUUGAAACAAAAUGGGAGGAGGAACCAUGUUGCCACCAUUUACAAGUACAAAUUCCAACAAUUCUUUCACUGUCCCACCCAUCCCUAGGGACUCCAAUUUCCACACACCCCCAUCUUUGUCAUCAAUUUGUGACAUACCCUCUGGAGAAUCUUGGACUAAGAGUAGGUGUAUUGAGUAUGGGUCAAACUCUAAGAUUCUUGAUGAUGAAUCUUUUGAUGGGUUUGAUGAAAAAGGGACAAAAGGGUGGACUUGUUAUGACCCUUUGUUUGGUUCUGUGCCUUCUAGCUUGGAGGUUGAAAAGGCCUUGUCUGAUCUCCAAAGUUUUAUGAGUGAAUAUUCUGCUCCUAAAGAAGAGAUGAAUUGGCUUGAGCCAGCGCUAAAUCCUCAUCAGUCGACUCUACUGAAGUCCCCUGGAAAUGCAAGAUUUUAUGAUGCUUUUCAUAUGCUUCAAAAUGAACCACCAAUUAAGAGAUUGGUUUGUUCCAUAGCUCGUGACAAAGCUGUUUGGGAAGCCAUGAAGAGCAACAAGGCCGUUCAGAAUCUUCAAGGCUCACUGAUAUGUGCAGCUAAAGAAAAAGAAUCACAAAGCUCAACCGGGGAAUCAGACAUGGGAUCCCUGAUAGUGAAAUGGAUUAUGGGCAUCACAACUUCAAGAAUCGCGGAGCUGAUCCAAUCACUUAGAUCACUAUUGAGUGAAAUGAUCAAUGAAAUAUUUGAACCGGGCAAUAAAGAAAAGCCUACUUCAGAACUCUCUGAUCUCUUGGAAGAGAAGAUUAGAUCCUCUUUUCUUUUAGCAGUUGUUCUGCUGCUGAUUGUGGUCGUGACAAGAGCCCAAGGAAUUUGAUCAGUAUCAAAUCACAUUAGUGUGUGGUAGAUGAUCAAUUUGCUAUAAGCGUUUGAUAUAGGAAGAAAAUAAAGCUUUGUGUGAAUAGUUUUCAGAAAGUUGCAACACUCGGUUGUUCCUCUCGUUUUUUUUCCCGUUUUCAAAACAUUAAUCCAAGACACUCUUUUUGUGAUAGAAA